AGAGCACUGCUCAGGGACCAGCCAGGGGUGAGGACCCAUCCUCUGACACUGCCACAUCUCCAUCUCUCCAGGGGCUGACAUCUCCCCAUCUCCUCCUGCAGGAGCUGUGCCACUCUCAGCUGGGCUGGCUGCCUUCCCUUCUGGACAGGCACAGCGAGGAUGUGGCUGGCUCUAGCUCUGGCAUCCAUAUUCCAUGGGAUGGCAUCUGGGGAAUGCAUCUUCAGUUCCCAACUGCCCAAGAAUCCAGAAGCAAGGAUGAACAUUAGUGAAAUGCUCUCCUUCUGGGGGUACCCCAGUGAGGAGUAUGAUGUGGUAACAGCAGAUGGCUACAUCCUUCAGCUCAACAGAAUUCCUCAUGGGAGAGGAAAUGCUGGGUGCCAAGGUGUGAGACCCGUGGCACUCCUGCAGCAUGGUCUCCUGGCAGAAGGCAGCAGCUGGCUCACCAACCUGCCCAACAACAGCCUGGGCUUCAUCCUGGCAGAUGCUGGCUAUGAUGUUUGGAUAGGGAACAGCAGAGGGAACACCUGGUCCAGGAGACACCAGGUCCUGACUACUAAACAGGAUGAAUUCUGGGCUUUCAGCUUCGAUGAGAUGGCUAAAUAUGAUCUCCCAGCCAUGAUCAGCUUUAUUGAGCAGAAAACAGGGCAGAAACAGCUGUAUUAUAUUGGUCAUUCCCAAGGCACCACUAUAGGUUUUGUAGCCUUUUCCACUAUGCCCCAGCUGGCUCGGAAAAUCAAGGUGUUCUUUGCUCUUUCACCUGUGACCACGGUGAUGUUUUCUCAGAGCCCCUUUAGAAAACUCUCAUUCUUUUCUGACUCUGGGCUUAAGGAGCUGUUUGGCACCAAGGAAUUCCUACCACACACUGCCCUGGGGGAGCUGGUCCUCUCCAGGUUCUGUGUCUGCUCGAAGGUCUGCAAGCACCUCUUGGGCAUGGUUUUCGGGUUUAACUGGAAGAACACCAACAUGAGCCGAUUCGAUGUGUACGUGGGACACACCCCGGCGGGGUCCUCGGUCCAGAACAUCAUCCACUGGCUGCAGGGAGUCCAUGGUGGGGCACUGAGAGCUUUUGACGGGGGGCACGUGUACAACAGCCUUCACUACAGACAGACCGGGGCGCCGUUCUACGACGUGCGGGGCAUGGGGGUGCCCACGGCCAUCUGGAACGCGGGGCAGGACUGCCUGGCUGACCCCCGGGACACCGCCCUCCUCCUCCCCCAGGUCAGGAACCUGGUGCACCACAAGCUGGUUCCCCACUGGAACCACCUGGAUUUCGUGCUGGGCCUCGAUGCCCCCGAGGUUUUGUACCGGGAAAUCCUUGACAUCAUGAAGAAGCAUCCCUAAAGAUGCUGUUUGUACUUGAUAAGAUCUUUUAUCCUGAUUUUUCUCAUAAGAUUAGUGCUCUCUCUAGUGGAUUUUGAAAUUUCUCUCUAUUUGGACCACUUGAAUAUAGUUCAUUAAAAUGUUCUGCUUUUAACUGGAGCAGUGAUGGGUGGGGAGAGGAACCUUCCUGCUAUUCCUGGCUGGCACUGCAUUGCCUCUCUUUUUCCUUUUAUUUUUUGUGUAUGUCUUCAUCAGUGACACAAAGCUCAUUGUUGCUGUCUCAGGUCUGGCACUGUAAUGCUUAAAACCGUCAAGGUGGAUGAAAAAGAGAUUCAACAGAUUUGUGGUGAAAAACACCAGAAUUAGGAUCCCAGAAUGUUUUGGGUGGGAGGGGACCUUAAAGCCCAUCCACCUCCCACUGUCCCAGGCUGCUCCAAGCCUCCUCCAACCUGACCUUUGGAUAUUUCCAGGGAUCCAGGGGCAGCCACAGCUUCUCUGGGCACCCUGUGCCAGAGCUUCCCCACCUCCCAGGGAACAAUUCCUCCCCAAUAUCCCAUCUAACCCUGGCAGUGGGAAGCCAUUCCCUGUGUCCUGUCUCCCCUUGUAAAUAGUUUCUUCCCAGCUUUC